AUGCAUCCAGCUCAACGACACCAAGAGACAGUCUUUCCGACUACAAGUUCAGUUUCGAGUCUUAUCUUGACUAUGCGUCAAAGAUUGAGAUUGAUAGACACCGCUUCCAUAGCAGAAAGCAUAUACGAGUUUCACAAGGAAAAUGGACGAACCUACCACGCUUAUCGUGCCGGCUCGUACCAUUAUCCAAACGACGCGCUUGAAGUUGAACGACUAGACGCGCAAUACGACAUCCUCAAGAUUUUGCUUGAUGGAAGGGCUUACCUGUCUCCAUUUACCCAAGAGAACCCCCCUCAAAAAGUCCUCGACAUCGCCACAGGCUCAGGCUCUUGGGCCAUUGACAUGGGUGAUGAAUAUCCCGAGGCUCGCAUCGUCGGCACCGACUUGUCGCCCAUCCAAAGCGACCUUGUCCCACCUAAUGUCGAGUUUAUUGUUGAUGACGCAACCGACGAGUGGCCCAAUGGUAGGGACUGGGAAGACUUUGAUUUGAUACACACAAGAGUGACCAUGGGUUGUUGGUCCGACAUGGGAAACCAAGUCAUCAAGCCAGCCUUUGAGCAUCUACGACCAGGCGGAUGGAUGGAGUGCCAAGAGCUCAUGGGUCUCUUGGAAUGUGACGACGAGACUGUCACCAACGCAAAUGCCUUUAAGAGAUGGUGUGACGACAUAGUAGACGCCAGCUACGCUGCUGAUCGUCCCUUGCCGGUAGCUGCCAAUUUGAAGCAGUGGUUCGAAGAGGCAGGGUUCGUCGACGUGGAAGAGAAGGUAUACAAACUCCCAGUAAACGGGUGGCCAAGGAACCGAAGACUCAAGAGGCUUGGCGAAUUAUGGCAUGCAAACAUCGAGGAGGGUCUUCAAGCCCUCAGCUACGGCCUCUUGCACCGAUUCAAGAACCGUACAAAGGAAGAGAUAGAGGUGGACCUCAUCAAUGUGAGGAGGGAUUUAGCAGAUGAGAGGAUGCAUGGGUAUCAAAAGUUUUAUGUCGUAUGUGGCCGAAAGCCUGAAUAUGCGUAA